AAGGUUAUUCUGGUAACUGGUGGUAUGUGCAGUCAAUAAGUGCGAUCGCCAAAGCGAUCAUUGAUGGAGAUGAACAUCCUCAACUGAAGCAACUAUACAGGAAACGCGGGAUUGGGCAAGGAGUCCGUCUUCCAACUUGCCAAACACAACCCGCAGCAUAUCUUCCUUGCUGCUCGCUCAGAGUCCAAAGCAAAGGAUGCAAUUGACUCCAUCAAGAACAGCCUUGGCAAGGACGUGAACAUCACCUGGCUCCCUUUGGACUUGACGUCUACAACUUCUAUCAAGAAUGCUGCAGAGACAUUCAAAUCACAGGCCUCGAGACUGGAUAUUCUGAUGCUCAAUGCUGGAGUCAUGGCUCUGCCGCCAGGUGAAACAGAGAUGGGUCAUGAAAUCCAGCUUGGCACGAAUCACACCGGUCACUUCUUUCUAACAAAGCUGCUUAUGCCCACUCUGCUUAAAACCGCAGAAGAGCCGAACUCCGAUGUCCGAGUUAUCUCUCUUUCGUCUAUAGGACAUAACAUGGCCCCGUCGUUCGAGAGUAUCUUGGACCAGAAGAAGUUGAAAAAGACUAGUCAGAGCAUGGUCCGAUACGGUGCAUCUAAAGCCGCCAAUAUCUUGUUCGCAGCAGAGCUAGCUCGUCGCUACCCUUCACUCACAUCGGUGUCUGUCCACCCUGGUAUUAUCCUGACUGACCUUUAUGACUCCAUGUGGAAAAAUUCUAUUUUUACGACUGUCUCUUCGAGGGUCAUGGGGGUCUUCGCUACUCCAUUGUCUAAGGGCGCCUAUAAUCAACUCUGGGCCGCUGCGGGGGCCAAAAAGGAGAACUUGAUGAACGGUGCAUACUAUGUCCCAGUUGGGAUACUGAAAGCCAAGAAUUAUUAUGCAGUGAACAAGGACAUGGGGAAACGAUUGUGGGAGUGGACUGAGGCGGAAUUGCAGAAAUUUGGGGCUCUUUAGUGGAUAUACAUAUUUAACUCAUCUGUACAUAAUGUCUUGAUAAUAGCAGAAGGUAAAAUGCAUCUAUUCGGAUUGG